CUUAUGCGCUGCCGAAAUUAUAUCACAAAUUGCACUACUGCGUUUCAUGUGCUAUUCACAGCAAAGUUGUGCGUAAUCGUUCUCGUGAAGCACGUAAAGAUCGCAAUCCACCGCCACGAUUUGGGCAACGCGGAGGUAUUGCUGGUGAUCGUUUUCCGCGACCUGGUGCUCCAAUACGCCCAUGAAACAUGGAGUAUUGUGGCAGCUGUUUUUUGUAAUUUGGUCAUUGAUGCUGAUAAAGCUUUGUUGAUUUUGUAUUGGAAGGAUCGCAAAUUCUUUGCAGUGGCGAAAUCCGGCAAAACAAAAAAUAUGUUGGAGUUCGGAAUAUCUAUGCUGGGCUUUUUUUUUGGCUUCGAUUUUAUUCCACUUAUUCGGACUUGAUU